UUUGAAUUCGAGGCGUUGUGUAUCUUUUGCUUCUGCUGCAUGCUCUCUCGUGCCACUUCGGACAGAAGUGUUGCUGGGUGGGGCUGCCCAGACGUGUGACCCUACCUUUGUUCGCAGAGUGUUCGACUUGGCGCAAGCUGCACGGCUCCAUCAAACGUUGGAGGUGGGCCAUGGGCUUCCACACUCUCGUUCUCUGCGUCAAACGUUGGAGGAUGCGAUCCAUAGUGGGCAGUUUGGGUGUGAGGUUAUUCGGACCAUGCAGCAUAUAUUGUUGAAAGGGAAUUCUGCUCGGCAUCAACGCUGGCCUGGGGCAGGUAGCAAGUUCAAAAGGCGCCCCAAGGAGCAGAACCCAUCUCGAGUACCUCUCUGCCUUGACGAGCUCGUCUGCCAGGGACCCAAGGAAGGUCCACCGUUACGGGCUGACGCCCCUUGCUUCUGGCCUGGAGGGGAUGCUCUUCAUCACUCUCCUGCAGGUUUGGUUCUUCGGGAAUUGGGGCACGAUUUGGGGCAUGACGAGGCCGGCGAGGGGUGGGAGGAGCAGGAGCAUUUUCUUUGACGAUUGCGUGGAGCCCUGCGGGGAUGACGACGGCCUGGCGGAGCAGGAGGACAUCAUCGACCUGGUCCAUUACGAGGACGGCGACGCGCCCAUCGGGGUAACCGGCUGGGGGGCUGGGGGAAUGAGCAGGACGACUUCAUUGACGAGAUUCACUACCUCGACAGCGUUGACACGGACAGGCUGGAGGAUACCUCCGACCAGGGCUACGGCGAGGAGGAUACCUUCCGCCUGGGCACGCUGUUUCGGACUUCUCUGCAGGAGCGGUUUCUGAACGACAGAAUGGGGAAGAUGGAGGCCCCGAGGUCCCGAGGCCGACUGUUGAGGCCGAUGGGGGACUUCGAAAACCCAUUCGAGGUGAUGCAGUUCAUGCUAUUGCGCCCGCACACGGGAGUGGGAUAGACAACGAUGCCGUUUUCUGUCACGGUGGACACGUGGUUUUGCUUUCGGAAGGCGAAUAUGAUGAUGUUGAUCCUCUCCUCGAUGAGGUUCUGACUGACCUCUCAGAGAUGGCCCAGGGAAGGUGGAGGCCCCGAGGUCCUGAGGCGGAACGAGUGUGCCGAUGAGGGACUUCGAAAACCCACUUGUGGUCAAGAUGGUGACGACCUGUCAGUGGACAUGUCGCUGUUCUAUGAUUUUGAGCCUGGCGUGGAGGCGUCUCUGAAUGGCGUGUUGGAAUUGCCUGGGAUCACUGCUAGGGAAGAUGGAGGCCCCGAGGUCCUGAGGCCCAGCCAGGGGGCCAAUGAGGGACUUCAAAAACCUACUGGUGCUGCUGAUCUUCAUGGUCACGAUGGGUUUAUACAGUUGGGUCUGGACGAUGGCGAUCUGGAGGGACAGAGGCCUGACACGUCUUUGGUAUGCGAACACGUCUCCCAUAUGUCCUCUCUUUUCGCCUUCAUCGCAGAAGUGGUUGAGACUUUCUCUGAAGAGGCUGUUGCGUCUGUCAGCUUGAGCGGGGAAAGCAGUCCUGGUGUCUCUGGUGUCCCCUCUCGUGGCGACGGCGACGAACCUGGCUCCCCCAAUCUGGACAGCGAUUCCGAGAUUGUGAUUGCUGAUGACGACGACGUUGACGGCUUUGUGCGCUCUUGGGUUGCUGUGCAGGACUUGACUUGCCUCAAGAGCCGAGACGCGAUACACGCCGUCUUAUACCGGUUUGGCCCGUUGGGCCGCGUGUGCAAGGAUCGCAUUCGCACUUUGGUUGGCGAUAUCAUUCUCGAGACGUUCUCGGCGGAGCAGCCGAGCCGCGAGGCCCGUGCAGGCACGGCGGCGAGGCGGGGCGGAGC